AACGGCGUCGUUCUUAGUGUCUUUUGAUUGUAUAAAAUAUUUGAUCAUCUUUCUCCUCUAUUGUUCACUCGUUGAAAGCUCUGAGAGCUGCUUGUGAUUUGCUAAUGGAAUUGGACUAAUUGAGCUUGGGUUCUUUACUUUUUGCUUGAUUUUAGUGAUUCUGCAACCUUUUGUUUCAGACUUCGUACGUCAGAUCUAAUAAUAAUGAAAAAAAGAAGCAGCAAAAACACUCAGCUCCAGCAAUCCCUGAGAUCCUCGUGGACAACACAAGAACCGCUUGGUUUCUCUGGUCUCUCUCAUCCUCCUCCAACCUGCGCUUUUCGUCGUACCCUUUGCUAGAUAUCUUGGAAGAACGAGCAUCGUUUGAUGUGCACGUCUGAGGUAUGUACUGCAGCUCUGAGAGAUCGCUGUGAGAAAUCUAUCUACAAACCUUGAAGGAAUGUAAUUCUAUGUGCUAUAGCAUGUCUCCUUUAUUGGUAUGUUGGAAAACUUUUCACUACUCCUAUCAUGGAAAUCAGUUUUACAAAACCAUACUAUAUUUAAAUUCUACCUGUAACAUUAUAUAACUGUCUAAAUGUUGUUACGGGCCUAUUUACCUUCACAAGGAGAUUGAACGUUUGGAACAAGUGGAGAAGAGGUUCAAGGAUCAGUAGCUUUCUCAUGCGUAUAUGAAUUAGAUGGAGAGGACAAAGUUGAUGCCACUCAACUUUGUUUAAAGAAUUGAAACUACUUGUAGAAAUAUUUGGCAUGUUAUGGAUUUUUGGGAUGUUUUUCUCAGUAGCUUAAAGCUUCAGAAUUAUCUUAUUAUGUUUUUCAACUAUUGCAUGAGUUAUGUGAGAUUCUGCAGAGUUCUUUUGUUUAUUUAUUAGUUUCAUAAUUAUUUUUAAUAAUUUUAUGUAUAUUUUAUAUUUUAUGUAUAUAAUGUAGUAAUUUAAAUUUAUGCUUAGAAGGCAAAGACCUCAGUGCCUUGAUAUUUAUACCAACUGCUAGCCUUAGGCAUUCGCCGUUUGAAACAUUGAGUAAUUAGUUUACUGUGAAUUCUGAUCAUAAGCAUGUUGUAAAAGGAUGAUCGAUCCCCAUUUGUUAUUCAUUUCACUUGGCCUUUACUAAGUUUGUGAACGAGAAUGACAUCGAGAUGAAAAUGUCUUUUUACAUAAUUCAGUGAUAGUUGAGGGCAUGAAAAGGAAAAAUUACAGACUAAAUUAGGACCGACAGGAAAAUUGAAAGAAAUUUACUAAUAAAAAAUUUACACUGUAGAGUCAAGUCAACGUACCACAAGAUUAUGUUUGUAUGUUGUUUGUCCUAGUGAUGUGAUGCAAUGGUUGUCUUUUAUGUCAAGCUUGUUUUAACUACGUAUAGUCUACAUGGAAACUACCAAGAAAUAGCAAGUGAUCUCGUCUACAUCGAAACUACCAAGAAAUCGAUCUUGUCUACAUGGAAACUACCAAGAAAUAACAAGUGAAUUGUUCUUGCUAAUUGGACCAUAAACAAUAAAGAUGAAUAAAAUAAUGCCAUUCAAUUUCGACGAGGAAUUAGAUUCUUUACGUGAAUUCGUUGAUUGAUUCUUUCGACUAAAGGUGAACCUGCCGACAUACCAUUUUCAAAAGUCGGUACUCGGGAGAAUGUUCAAUCUAAUUCGUUGAUCGAUUCUUUUCAAGUUACCAUCCUCUCAUUGUUCUUGUGAUUAAAAAGCUGAAGAGGCAGUGAGCAGUAACCCUGAAAGCCAAUUGUAACACAUUUUCCAUGGCCCAAACGGCCUUGACCUCCUAUUCUUCUUCUUCUUCUUCUUCCACACCUCAACGUCUGAAAUAUGAUGUUUUCUUGAGUUUUAGAGGUGAAGAUACUCGCAACAAUUUCACUUCACAUCUUAAUCACGCUUUGCGUCAGAGAGGAAUCCAAACUUUCAUAGACAACCAGCUUAUAAGGGGAGAAGAAAUAUCACCCUCGCUCAUCACAGCAAUUCAAGAAUCCAAAAUAUCCGUUGUUAUCUUCUCCAAAAACUAUGCUUCCUCUGCAUGGUGUUUGGAUGAGCUUGUCAUGAUCUUGGAUUGUCGAGAAUCAUUUGGACAGUUGGUUUGGCCAAUCUUUCUCAAUGUAGAGCCUUCCCAUGUAAGAAAUCAGACAGGCUCUUUUGGAGAUGCUUUACUUUUAUAUGAAGCUCCCCGUGAUUCCAAUACUAGUAGUAAGCAUAAGGAAAGGCUGCCCAAAUGGAAGAUAGCUUUGAGGAAAGCGGGCAAUCUAUCCGGAUGGCAUUUAAAUAAAGGAGAUGAAUCUGAGUUAAUCCAGAGAAUUGUGUACGCAACAUUGAGCAAGCUGAAUCGCACACCUCUUUAUGUUGCCAAACAUCCAGUUGGAAUAGAUGCCUAUGUACAGUCUUUGGAAUCAUUAGCAAAUGUUGGAGCAAAUGAUGUCAGAGUGAUUGGGAUUCAUGGAACUGGUGGUAUAGGCAAGACAACUGUUGCCAAAGCUUUUUUCAACAAAUUUGCUGAUGAUUUUGAAGGUUCUAGCUUCCUAGCAAAUGUUAGAGAAACAUCACAGCAAUACUGUGGUUUGGUUCAGUUACAGCAAACUCUUUUGUCUGAAAUGUUGGGGGUUCACUUACGAGUUGGGAAUACACACAGAGGCAUCAACAUCAUAAGGUAUAGACUUUGUCACAAAAGUGUACUUCUGGUUCUGGAUGAUGUGGAUCAAUUAAACCAGUUGGAGGCAUUAGCUGGAGAGCAUGCUUGGUUUGGUCCAGGAAGUAGAGUUAUCAUAACAACUAGAAAUAAGCACUUCUUAACCACUUAUAGAGUUGAUGCAACAUAUGAGGUUAAGGGACUUAAUUAUGAUGAAGCUCUUGAACUUCAUCUCAGCUGGAACGCUUUUAAAGAGAAUAAGCCAGUAGAAGGUUACCAUGAACUCUCGCAGUGUGUUGUAGAAUAUGCUAAUGGGCUUCCUUUGGCGAUAGUGGUGUCGGGUUCUUUUCUAAGUGGUAGGAGCAAACUUGAAUGGAAGAGUGCCAUCAAGGAUAUAGGAAGGAAACCCCACAAGCAGGUUUAUGGAAUACUUAAGAUAAGUUUCGAUGCUUUACAGGAUAAUGAAAAGACUAUCUUUCUUGAUAUUGCAUGUUUCUUUGUUGGAAAGGACAGAGAUUAUGUCAUCAAAGCACUUGAGUGUUUUAAUCUCUGUCCGACCAUCGGAAUUGAAGUUCUUCGUGAUAUGUCUCUCAUUACUAUAGAGUCAGGCAGAGUGCAAAUGCAUAAUUUAAUACAAGAAGUGGGUUGCGAAAUUAUCCGCCAAGAAUCUCCUGAAGUUGGCAAACGCAGUAGAUUAUGGUUAGCUGAGGAUGUUUUUCCUGUAUUCUCGGAAAACAUGGGAACAAAUGCAAUUGAAGGCAUUAAGUUGGACUUGCCUGAACAAAAGACAUUGUACCUGAGUUCCAAGGCAUUCAAGAAAAUGAAAAGGCUGCGAUUGCUUAUUUUUCGUAAUGUAGUUCUUUCUACAACCAUUGAAUAUCUUCCUACUGAAUUGAGAUUCAUUGAUUGGCCUGGUUAUCCCUUUCCCACUUUAUCUCUCAAUCCGGGCCCCAAACAACUCGUCAUACUUAAUAUGCCUAAUAGCCAAAUUCACCAACUUGGGGAAGCAUUCAAGAAUUUUGAAAGCUUGAAAGCUGUGAACUUAAGUUCCUCCAAAUUCUUAACAGAGAUUCCUGACCUUUCAACAGCACAAAAACUCGAGAGUUUAUACCUCAGGCAGUGUACAAAUUUAGUUGAGAUUCAUGAGUCUGUUGGAUCUCUCAAUAGGCUGGGCGCAUUGGACUUUAAGUUUUGUGAUAAGCUCCAGAUUCUUCCAAGCAGUCUUCACUCUAAGUAUCUUGGAACACUAAAUCUCACAAGCUGCUUUAGUAUUGAAAAGUUUCCCAAUAUUAAUAUAGAAAUGGAAUUUUUAUAUAAGCUCUGUUUAUCUGGCACUGCUAUAAAAGAGUUACCUUCCUCAAUCGAUAAACUGGUUAGGCUUAAAUUCCUGGACUUGGCCUUUUGUGAAAAACUUGAUCGUAUUCCAAAUAGCAUUUAUAGUCUGCAUCAACUUGAGUUUUUUGAUCUUCAUGGUUGCUUAAAUCUCUUUAAGUUUCCAAAGAACAUGUCCUUCUCAAAUAGGAAGGAGUGGCUUCUGGUUGAUCCUGAUGACAGUUUGAACUUGCCAUUCCAGAAAUUAAAAUCCCUUAUUCUUGAAAACUGCAAUUUAUUAGAAGCAGAUUUCCUCUUGGCUCCUAAUGGAUUUGACAAUCUUGAAAGGUUACUCCUAGGAGGCAACAAAUUUGUUAGCCUUCCAUCUUUUGAGAGGUUUCAUCAACUCCAUAGACUUCUUUUGGACAACUGUGAAUCCCUUACGAAAAUUCCAGAGCUUCCAGGAAAUCUAAUGCUUCUGGAUGCAAGUGAUUGCAAAUCGUUACUUGACACUAACGACAAUCUGAUGGACAAGAUCAAACGGAAUAAGCACAUCGAAAUCAAAGUUAUACAUCCAGGACGUCAUAUUCCGCACUGGUUUACCAAAACACGUGAAGGGGAUUCAGUAAGCUUGGUUUUGGAUUCAAAAGGAUUGAAGAGUACUGCAGGAGUGAUUAUCUGUGCAGUUUUCAAAUUGUACUGCAAACAAGUUAUUUUAACUGUGGAUUUUAAGACGAAUGAUCCUUGUUCGUCCCAAAAACUUCUCAGAUAUAUCAAUUCAGUAAAGCCAGGCCACAUGUGCCUUUUGUAUCUCCCUGUUCGUUUCAUUUGCAGCCUGCAUGCUUUUUUCAAAUAUGAAAAAGUUAUCUCUAUGUGUGGAGUCCACGUUAUAUGGGAUGAAGAUGAAAACAAGCUCGCAUGUCUUCCUCCUCCUUCUCUGUAUUCAGCCAGUAAUGACAAAAGGAAAGGUCUUUGCUGCAUGCAUACACAAGAACAGAAUAAGGUCAUAGCAAAAAAACAAAAAAAGUAGAGAGACUAAUUAGAUGCUGCACUCUUUUGGAAUGGUUUUUUUAUAUGAUAAGGCUUUUUGUUCUGCAUUGGAAUCCCAAGUCGUCCUACUAUGGGUAACGUUGCUCAGCUUAUUAGCUACCAUGGAAAAUAGUUUUACAGGACCAUGGAAACCGGUUUUACAAAGACCAUACUAGAUUUUAUAAAUUCUAUCUGUGACAUAACAUAACAAUCUCUAAAUGUUGGUGCAGGUCCAUAUACCGUAUCUGUAAAUAUAACAAGGAGGUCGAAAAUUUGGAACAAGUGGUGAAGAAAUACAAGGAUCAGUAGCUUUCUUAUACGUAUAUGAAAUCACUGAACUUUGUUAGAAGAAAUUGAAACUACUUGUAGAGAUGCUGGCAUCUUAUGGAUUUUUUUGGCAUCCAAUCUGCUUUUGGCAUGUUUUUCUUAGUAGCUUUUAAAGCUUCAGAGAAUUAUCUUAUUAUUAUAUUUGUGAACUAUGGCAUGACUUGUUGACUGCUUAGAAAUUUGGCCAUUUAGCUGUUAUUUUGCUUUUGGAAAUAAUAACAUUAAUUAAAUAGCCUCAUUUUCUAAA